AUAUUGACAUUUGCUCCUUGGCUUCUCAUCUUGGCUGUUUUUUUCAUCUCAAACUCGGCCGCAAUGAGAAAUAUACUUGCGUUCGUGUUUAUUCUGUGUUUUUUAGGGUUAAUAGCGCCCACUUCUUCUCGAGUCCAUUGCAAAAGAUGUUUGAAAGUGUUAAACUCAGAUAUCAAAACUGCUGCUAAGAAAAGCUUGACUGCUGUGGUUCAAGCUGGUCUUGAUCUCACCAAGAUACGUGACCAGUUUGGACAGGAACAAGCAAGUCUUGAAACCAAUCUGAAGAAAGCAAGGGAGCUAACGAAACUGAUCAACGAAAAAAUCAAAAAAGCUGUGAAGGAGACAGCAGAAAUCCUGGAGGAAGCAACAAAAAGAGCCAAAGAAAAGAUGCAAGAAGUUACUGCGGCAUCAAAUGCAUUGGGCGAUAUCGAAGAAAAAGUUGGAGUCAAGAAAGUCCAAGAUAAAGCCAAGAAAAUCCGAAAUCAUAUUGCAAAGAAAGACGAUGCUGGUGUACAAAACAAGUUGCAAAAACUGGUAUUGGAUGAAAAUGGCGUGAUUGCCACUCUUGAUGCAGCUAAGAUCUUGGCAAAGGCCAAAGUAGAUGCCAAAGAGAAAAAUAUGAAGCAAGCAGAAGCUAUUGUUAGGAAUGAUGUUCAAAAGAUAAAAAGUGACAUGUCUUCUGCGGAGAAGCAGCUAGACAAGGAACAGCAAGUGGAGCUUGAAGAUGAAAAAGAAGCAAGAAGCAAGAUACAAGAGGCAGUCAAACACAAUCAAAUUGCUAUUAAUAAAGCUAAAGGUUUCUUAAAAAGUAUCGAAGAAGGAUUACAAAAGUUUCACAGCGACAUAAAAGAAGUUCCAAUAAAUUUGUAAAGUCUAAUUGGAGGCGUAACAGGUGAUGAUGAUGAUCCCUUGCGUAUAUUUUUGUAAAUAUACUUCUAAUAGUUAGCGCUAUAUCUAGAUUAUAUCUUCCCAGAGAACGACGCACGGUACGUGACUUCUUACAUAAUGUGCUAAUAAGUAAACAAAUAGUUAUAAACCUACUUUAUUGGUAUUAAGUAAUGUUAUUUGCCUGGUUAUGGAACUACCACAACAAAGAAAGAGCAGUACGUACUUGUGUACACAGUUCACUUAGAGUUGCCAAACGAUAAAACAGUUACAUUUGUGAUUAUGAAUUAUCAACAUACACUCAAUUGAAGAAUCGUUGUCGUGUUCAGAAACAUACAGAACAUAGAAUCUGAGACCGAAUUGGCACAUGGGAAGUACGCUAAUUAGAUGCAUGUGUGACCGGCGACCAAUGGCAUCAUCCACUGUUUCCAAUACGUGUUUGGUAUUCUAAACCGACUGCAUAGAUAAUACAUUACUGCAAAUAAAUACAUUAUAAUAUAAUUAUGUCAUUUCCCAUGUGCCAUUUCGGUCUCAGCUUUUAUGUAAUAUGUUUCUGAACCCGACAACGAUUCUUCAAUUCAGAGCGGUAUAAUCCCGUACAAGCAUGGUAUUAGUAUGGGUAAUAGGAUUACAUGUCGUCCAAUUUGGAAAUAAUUAAACUAAAAAAAUAUCCAUCCGAGAAUUGCAUGGACAAGGCCGAUAGGCCAAGUGUAAUUGUACAUGCAGACAGACAACUUUUAUCAAUUCAAUUAUUUUCGAAUUGGAUAGACAGGUAGAGCACAUUGCCCAUUCUCCUCUCUUGGACUGAAUCAAGCAAAAAGCUUCGUCUCGUUCACAUAAGCAAAUACUCUACUUUGAUAUUUCAAAUACUGAAUUUGCUAUCAUAGUUCUAAACAAGAGUGGGCCUAAAGAGAACAAUUGAUAGAAAAAAACAUAAAUUGUAAAGGUCGACAUAUUUGCUAUCUCAUUAAUACUUAUAGGGGCAUUAGCCUUUUCUUAUAGACUAGGCUUCAGUUUUGAAAAUCCCACAAUGCUUUAUUUUCUGCGUUUGACGUCAAAUUUUUCUUUUCAAUGACAUUAAAGAAACGUGCACAGAGAUUUACUGCUUCCUUAUUAGUAGAGCAGUUUAGUAGAGCGUAUGACUGUGAAAAACUAACGGCAAAAGCACGGCGCGGACACGGUCACGCAAAGGUCACGGCACUUCAUUUAUAAGACACUAUGAUGAAUACAAUAGUAAAAAUACAUUUAUUCAGAAUAAUGUUCAUGUCCUGUUUAGAAUCUUCUUGUAAAUUAAAAUGUACUCAAAGGUAAA